CCGCAGUUACGGUGUCACAAGGCUGUUAUUCUAAAGCGAAGAUUAUUAGAAACUUCACCUGGGUGUGCGUGUGAGGAGGAUGAGUGUCACGGCCCUGCCUGUGUGUGUGUGUGUGUGUGUGUGUGUGAAGACGGGGGGUUGGGUAGCCGUGCCGAUUGGUUGCAGCUCGCCACCACCGUCAGCCAGAGCUUGUUUUAACAUAACCGGGGGCACUUCGACAGCACGAAGUCUGAGAGGGGGAAAAAAUAAAAUAAAAUCAUGUAGUAAAUAAUCUGCAGAUGUUGUUUAGGGGUUGGAUCGCUUGUGACGCGCUGAAUUUCGCCGCAGAAUGCCGCCGCCGCCGCGCAAAAAAGGAGCUUUGUUUAGUGCGAGAGAGCGGUGACAGUUUUCAGAGGGCCGAUGAAGUGCAGAGAAUGAGAGCGCAGCCUCGGCCUGCAGAUCCGCGUCCACAAACUGAGAGAGAGAGAGAGGGGGAGAGAGAGAAACACCACAAAACCCACUCGCUUUGCGCGUUACCAAACAGCCGCUGCCGGGGCGCACGGCGAGCGACCAACAAAUGCCCGUGCGCUCCUCCAUUCACUGAUACCGUCAGGACAAAGACGAUCUGUUUUGUCAUAUCGGGUAGAGCCAUGACAUCAUGAAUCAGUCAUUCACACCGGCUGUCAGGGUGGGCUCAGAGCUGACGCCCCGCAAUGGCCUUAAGACCACUUCCUGUGUGGACCAGCGUGGGUUAGACCAGCUACCAUCCUCCAGCCUCAAACAGUCAGCUUUCCUGGGAUACGAGCCCCACAGCUACAGUUCUCUGAGACACGUGCAGGACCUGAACACUGUAAUCACUAGACCUGACCUCAGGAGCCAUCAGCGGGACCUCCAUGCUACCAAGCAUUUCCGCUGCACAAGCCCAAUCAGUGAUGAUGAUGAGUUUGAGGCUCCCACGGUUCUGCUGCCUCCUUCUCCUGAACCUUUUGAGACUUUGGACAGAAAUGGUUUCUCUCCGCGCAGUCCUGACAGCCUCGAGCGCUGUUCCCCCGUCCCCAAUGGCUUCCUGCAUUUUGAGUCCUCGCUCUUUGAAACUGGUGACAUCAAGGAUGAAGGUGAGGAGGGUGGUCACCAUGGUGACUCCGCACCUUUUCAGCAGUCAAGUCAGGACCAAACUCUUAAGGACUUCAAGACCACUGUGUGCAGCUCAUGGGUGGGCAGUCAGAGGACUUACAAACCUACUGUCUUCAACCUGAUGUCAAAAACGAUCUCUGAACUCAACCCCACACUAAGCCCAAGUGCACUGCCAGAAAUCACUAUGAGAGAUGGGUGGAGUGUGGGCGAGGAUUCAGGCAGUGAUGGAGAACUCACGGCUCCUCUUGAGAAAGAUCUCCUCUCACCAGCUGAAACCAACUCCAAUUCCAGCAGCCCAAAGAAAAAAGCUCUUCCUACAGUGAAGUACAUGAAGGGGGACCUCGUGUGGGCUAAGUUCAACAGACGACCCUGGUGGCCAUGCCAAAUUACCUGUGACCCACAGCAGGGGACCCACACAAAGAUGAAAGUGCCCAGUCCUCGCCCUUGCCGGAUGUAUUUUCUGGAAACUAUUGGGGAGGUUGCAGAAUGUGCCUGGGUAUCAGGGACCGUCAUUCUUCCUUUUGAAGGUGGCCAUCAGUUUGAAGAUCUUCCAGUGGUUAGACGGCGAGGCAAGCAAAAGGACAAAGACUACAAAUAUACGCAGAUACCUAAAAGUUUAAUGACUGCGUGGAAAGUGAGCGUGGCAGAAGCUGAGACCCGACUCCCAGGCCGUCAAAGAAAUACUGAAAGUGUUCUCCCUUUAUCCCUGAAUGGAGAGGAGCGAGCACUCAGCCCGCUCACAGCUAAAAAAGCACAUGACUCGGUUCAAUUCCCUUCACUAAGGAUGUCUUCCAACGGGAAUGAACCCCAACCCAAGAACUAUCCCGUCAAAGCCUUCACAGCAAUUCGACCCAGUAAAAGUAUAGGUUGUAGUAAGAAAAAGAAAUGCCUGUCAGACAUAUUUGGACAUAUCGUUGGUACUUUGAAGGAGGCGUCUUCUGUCGCAAACUGCGUAGAUAAAUUCCAUACAGCAACUAAUACACUGAAAGGAGAGCCAAAGGACUCGCCUUACGCAGAUCUGGAUUCGGUUCCAAUGCUCCAUCGUCCGAAACGCACAGAAAUGUCUCCAGUGCAGGUUACUGAUGGAAAAGAAACAAAUUCAUCCAAAACAACAACGAAAUGUGAUGAGAAAGUGAACAGUUCUAUACAUGCCUCUGACAUUUCAACAAAUGAAGUGAUUUCUUUUGAUAGUAUUUCUGAACAAUACAGCUCUAAUAAACUGUACAGUUCAAAGAAAGGGCAGGCUGCUUGUCUGAUGACAGACACUCAAAGGACAGAUGAAGAUACAGAACAUGAUGGUGAUGAUGAUGAUGCACUGGCCUCAAACCAGAUAUCAACAAAUCACUGUGCUGAUGCUCAAAUCGGAAUGGAAUCAUCUCCAAAAUGGGAAUCUUCAAGCAAUGUGUCAUCCCCCACACAUUGCUGUUCCCCAAAAAGGCAUGCAAGAAAACCUGAUAAAAAGAAAAAGCAUAUUCAUAACGGUUCAUGGGUAAAGUCCAACUGUGCAGGCCAUAGUGCGCAACCUGUUAAGGUGAAGAGAGAAGAUACCCUCUCGGAUUUGUUUUUUUCCCCUUCUUCCUUAGUACUGUCGUCUGUUGAUGCGUUACAGUAUGACAGGAAAAUCGUGUUCAAGUCUCUUGUGAAGGAGGACAGCAGUGAAUCUGAGCAGAGCAUAUUCCAGCCUGAUUCCAAUUACAAAUUCAGCACCUUUCUGAUGCUCUUGAAGGACAUGCAUGAUACCCGAGAGAAAGAAGGCAAACCCAUCAUUAUGCCGCCGCCACCAGUACUUAUAAAGGAGGAACCCUUGAUCAUCCCCCCUUCUGCAGGAGGCUGCCCACCGAAGGACGCUUGUGAUGAUUUUUCUCAAAGAGACUGGACUUCAGGGGUUAAGAUAGAGAAUGGACAAAUGGAAAAAUCACCAUCACCCAAAAACAAAUGGGUCAAAAGCAAGAAUCAGACUGAAGUUGACACAGACAGCUGUAAAGAAAUCGCUAUACAGCCUCACACAGGGAGUCCGGACAAGCAACGCAGAAAACAAAAAAUACCUGCCAAACUAAAAGUUAAUAUACCCGGUCUUUCUUCUGAACUUGCUGAUAUGGCUUAUGGCAGGGAGUUUGUUAGCGGCCAUGCUGACUUAGCCAGUCUUGGAUCUUGCCCCCCCGCCAGUGUUGAAGCCUCGUCUAGCUACCUCAGUAAGAACUCGGAGACCACGGUAGCUCCAAAGAAGCGCUGGCAGAUGGUUGAGGAGGUUGCUGAGAACGUAGCUGAAGUUGCAGGAGAAAGCAGUUUGUCCGCUGAACUGAACGAGUCUCACCCUGUUAGAAGAACAACAAGUGCUGAUCUAAAAGUGGAACAGGUGGAGCAGUCGGAGACGAGCGAAACAGCUGGACACUCAGAGAGUAAAAGACUCCGGAAACCAACAAAAAGACUGCUGGAGUCAACUGAGGAGUAUGAACAAAUAUUUACAUCAAAGAAGAAGACAAAGAAAAAUGCACAAGAAUCUACCAAAAUGGUUACGGAUAUAACGAGUGAAAAUGUUACACAGCAGACAUCAGGGACUCUCACAGAGCUUAGCACUACACCUCAGGCUGUCAGCUCCUCAGUCUUACCUUCAAGUUCAGCUUCUGAAGAACCCAGCGUGGGUCGAGCAUCAAUGGAAAGUAGUCCAUCUCAGGAUGAGCUUCCGUCUGCACCGCAUCCAACAUCCCCAGGCACAACACAGGUCUCCAUCUGCACAGAGGCAGGAACUGAUCUACCUCCUGAUUCCAAUAAAUGCACAGGAUUAGCUGUCCAAAAAAGAAAGAGGCCAAGGAAGCUGUCACAUAAGGUCCUUGAAUGCACCAUAGAAGAAGUGUCUGUUCUUCCUGCAAAGAAGAAGGGGCCAAAACGACACAGUGAAAACACCACUGAAGCAAAGCCGUCAGUAAAGAAUGCUCAGGUUGGAUCUGUAAAGAAACAAAGACUUCUAUCCCGCACAUCUUCUGCUCCUGCUGUGGUUUCCCAGCCCUCAGAGACUAGCAAUAGCCACAAGAUCUCCACUGCUCCCGAGCCUCCCAGCUCCCCACGAGCCAAAACCGUCAAGGAGGCGUCAGAGGUUGAAGGCUGCAGCACUGAGGAGAAACAAAACAUGCACACUGGAACACUAACUCCUAAAACUGAGGUGCCUUCUCGUGGUUUGAAUGACAGCCUGUCCUCACCAGUGGACGUCAGAGUGAAGACGGGAGCCCCAGUUUUGAAGGAGAAUGUUUGUCAGGUAUGUGAGAGGACGGGAGACCUGCUGGUGUGUGACGGCCACUGCUACGGAGCCUUUCACCCGCAGUGUAUCGGCCUAUCGGUGGCUCCCAAAGGGAAAUUCCUUUGUAAUGAUUGCACGGCUGGUGUUUACACAUGCUUUGUGUGUAAGAAGUCUGGUAAUGGGGUAAAGCGGUGCAUAAUUCCCCUCUGUGGGAAGUUCUACCACACUGACUGCAUAUUAGCCUACUCAGCCACACAGCCUCAUAACAAAGGUUUCCGCUGCCCGUUGCACGUUUGUCUCUCCUGCCACAUCUCCAACCCAGUCAACAUCUGCAGCUCUAAAGGUCGACUGGCUCGAUGUGUGCGCUGCCCUGUGGCCUAUCAUGCCAAUGACAACUGCAUGGCAGCAGGCAGCCUGGUACUGGCGAAUAACAGCUUCCUGUGUCCCAACCAUUUCAUUCCACGCAAGGGCUGCAAGAACCAUGAACACAUUAACGUUAGCUGGUGCUUCGUCUGCUCUGAAGGGGGCAGCCUGCUGUGCUGUGAAGCCUGUCCCGCUGCUUUCCAUCAAGAAUGUUUGAAUAUUGAAAUGCCGCAGGGCAGCUGGUUCUGCAACGACUGCAAAGCUGGAAAGAAGCCUCGCAUUAAAGACAUACUGUGGGUCAAAUGGGGUCGUUACAGGUGGUGGCCUGCAGAAGUCUGCUUGGCCAAAGAUGUCCCAAAUAACAUUUUACAGAUGAAGCAUGAGGUGGGAGAGUUCCCAGUGCAGUUCUUCGGUUCCAAAGAUUUUGUAUGGACAUACCAAGCCAGAGUAUUUCCCUACAUGGAGGGUGACAUGCACAACAUAGAAAAAAUGGGCAAAGGAACAGAUGCAGUGUACAAAAAGGCUCUGACUGAAGCAGCGGAAAGGUUCAGAGAGCUCCAGACUGAAAAGAAAAAGAAGCAGCUUCAAGAGGACAAAAGGAAUGACAAGAAACCGCCUCCAUACAAGCACAUUAAGGUUAACCGGCCAAUUGGGAAGGUCCAAAUCAUCACUGCUGACCUGUCCGAGAUCCCACGCUGUAACUGUAAGGCGUCUGAUGAGAGUCCGUGCAGCAUGGACUCAGAGUGCAUUAAUCGAAUGCUGCUGUACGAGUGCCACCCACAGGUGUGUGCAGCAGGGGAUCGAUGUCAGAACCAGUCCUUCUCAAAGCGCCAGUACACAAAUGUAGAGAUUUUCAGGACAGUGUCCCGUGGUUGGGGUUUGCGCAGCACCUCUGACAUUAAGAAGGGAGCCUUUAUAUGCGAAUACGUGGGAGAGGUGAUAGAUGAGGAAGAAUGUCGAGCGAGGAUCAGACAUGCUCAAGAGAACGACAUUUUUAACUUUUACAUGCUUACACUGGACAAGGACCGGAUUAUUGAUGCCGGGCCCAAAGGCAACCAGGCUCGCUUCAUGAACCACAGUUGCCAGCCCAACUGUGAGACUCAGAAGUGGACCGUAAAUGGAGAUACCAGGGUGGGGCUGUUUGCGCGAGAAGAUAUCCUGAAAGGUGUGGAGCUGACCUUCAACUACAACCUGGAGUGUCGCAGCAAUGGGAAGACCGUGUGUAAGUGCGGGGCAUCGAACUGCAGUGGGUUUCUGGGUGUCCGACCAAAGAACCAACCACCUCCUGAGAAACUGAAGGAAGGGAAGAAGAGGGCCUACAUGAGGAAGAGCAAGCCAGAAGUGACCAAGGAGAGGGAGGAGGAGUGCUUCAGCUGUGGUGAUGGGGGGCAGAUAGUGUCUUGUAAGAAGCCGGGGUGCCCAAAGGUCUACCACGCUGAUUGUCUCAACCUGGCCAAGAGGCCUGCAGGGCGAUGGGAGUGUCCGUGGCACCAAUGUGAUGUCUGUGGAAAAGGAGCGUCUUCAUUCUGUGAGAUGUGCCCCAGCUCCUACUGCAACGAGCACCGCGAAGGCAUGCUCUUCAUUUCCAAGCUGGACGGUAAGCUGUCAUGCAGUGAGCAUGACCCCUGUGGACCUGAUCCCCUGGAGCCUGGGGAAAUCCGUGAAUACACGCCCAACCUAACCUCCAUGAGGCGCAGGGCCGCGGGUACAUCCCUCAAUCCUACGAACGCCCGCAACUCUAGAGCCAAUUCUGCUGCUUCCCUCCCAACAACUUCCCGCCAGGAAGUGCUGGCCAGCCAGGAGCCUCCUCCUCGUCUCUACAUCAACACAAAGACUUCUACCUCAAGUUUCACCCCCUCCAGCCGGCGAUAUCACACAGACAGGACUGAAAGGAAACUGUUUUUCACUUCCACUUUCUCCAAGGACGAGAGAGAGGAGGACGAGCUGGAGGAAGGGGAGGUGCGUGGGUUAGAGGUGGAAAAUGGUGACGAAGACGCUGAGGAUGAAGAUGAUGACACUGAAGAGAUGGAGCUAGUUGAAGAAGAUGAUGACUUACUAGAGGAGGAGGAGGAGGAUGACGACGAUGACGACAGGGAGGAGGAAGAAGAAGGAGUAGAUGUGUAUAACACUUGGGUUGAUUAUGAGGCUGAAGAUGAUGGAAUGGUGGAGGAGGAAGAGGAGGAUUGGGGACAAGUGGAGGGUGAUGACAAAUGACCAGUAUAUCCUCCUUACACUCUUCUGACUCCGUCCAGCCAUCCAUUCAUUCAUAAUUACUCAGAAAAUAACUUUUAGUAGACAUUUAAAGGUCAGUAAACAGUUUGGUUUCCACUUGAACGUGACACGGCCUUCAUGUUGGUACUCCUCGUCCACAGCGGGGAGGCGUACUGUUGCUAAGGUUUGACACUCAGUCUCUUUAUAAUUAUCUUACUAUGUUUGUGUCUGGUGCUAUCUUUGUUCUUUCUCUCAACACUGUUUACAUUUUUUUAUGUUUUAAAUAUAAGUAAAAGGUGAUGACUUUCACCUGACCAAACUGUCAUCAAAGUGCAUCUCAUGCUGUCUUAUUUUUCUCUUUUUAACCACAAAAGUGAUUAAAAAAUACUGGUCACACUGUCACAGGUAGACACAUAAUAGGUGCUUCAAUAAAUAAACCCACUGGAGUCAUUC